ACAUCAAUCACUCUAUGAGUAAAAUUCACUAAAGCAAUACAUUUAUUAGUAGUCAUUUUUAGUAGUCAUUUCGCAUUCAACCAUCAUCUCCAUGAGUCCUAGUCCAUGUUACUCAAAACAUACUAUGUACCAUUGUCCCGGUUAUUUUCUCAUAUCCUUUGAUGCUCCGUCCCUCCCCUACAAACUCAUAAACACUCGUAUAUUUAGUUAGGGGAAAUCAUGAGUUCGUUUGGCCGCACAAUUCUUCCCGUUGGGCUUGCUGUCGCAUUUGGAAUAUGGAACGGUUUCUAUGCCUUCAGUCCUGCAUUUCAGGAGGAGCGCCAAAGAAGGGAGCAAGAACAAGCGGGAACAAAUAAUAAUCCACAAUUUGAUACGACAAAGGUCAAACAUGAGGAAAUACCAGAAACACACACCCCUAGGUAGUGGAAAGUGAUCAAUUAUCUGUCAGCACUAAAACUUCCGGAUCAUAAACUCGAUUAUUCGGCCUUCGCACAUGAAUAGAACUUCUAUCUUGUCAAAUAUAUAGCAACAGCACAGCCGAGGUUUCAACUCCUCGCAUUGAUCGGACGGCUCUGAGCAUCGCGGCGGGUGUCAAAUAGCCAAAAUAUCGAAGUGCCAGUGAAUCGACAUGGAGAAAUUUACCAUCUAUAAAACAUGGUCAGACUAUCUUAUCUCAUACCUCAAGUCAAGUUUUACGCUUCAGAUUAUAUAAUACCUACCUAGUUAAGCCGGGGUUCCAGCUAACUAUCUGAUCAAGGUCCGAUCUUAAGUUAGAAAGCUGAGAAGUCGAAAGAUUGGCAUGCAUAGUUCACUUAAAUUCCACCUCUGCUAUAAAAUGAGAAACAUGAGCAAGUAAAGAGUUGUUACUUGUUGGUCUUGAGGCAGAACUUGGCAUUGUGACAAUUUUCUGUACUACUCACAGAUCAACACAUUCAACUUUUCCUCGCAUGCCAUUACCUGGUAAUUAUAGAGUACUAUAAUUAUAGAGUACUAAAAAUUGAUAUAUGUCCA